AAACCCAAUCCAAAACCCCCGAGCAGAAGACAGACAUUUUCCUCCUUUCUCGCCUCUUGAACGUUGCUACGCCAUGGCCACCUCCGCCACUCUGCACCUCUUCUCUCCACCACCGUUCACAAUUAAACCCUUAAGCUUAAUUACCACCAACGCCACCACUAUCCCAUUCUUCUCCUCCUCCAAGUUCAAACCCAUUUCUUAUCAUUUCCCCAAACCUUUCAAAACCCCUACGACAUUUAUUCCUAAGGCCGACGAUGGUGAUGCAGAUGAAGUUGGGCCCGACGACUAUGACAUGGACGAGGAAGAGGUGGAGGAGGUGGACAACAAGAAGGACUACGACCUCGAUUACGACCCUUCAGUUGCUGCUGCAGCGAAUGCCGGUGGAGAUGAGGUCAUUGCUAUGGUGGAUAGCAAGAAUUUCGUCUCCACACAGGGUUGGGAUUCGGAGAAGAUUGUUGAUUACCGGAUUGAUGAGGAAGAGUUUCAUAAACUUAGCUUGAUGGAUUGUGAUUUCUUCAUAAGGAAGCCGCCUGACCCAGAUAAUGAUGUCUAUGAUUUUAGAGAGAUGUAUGUUACUCCACCGGAUACUGAUGUUUAUGCUAUACCCAGGGUCCUCGCUCCAAUGCCACAAAAGUAUAUUCGCUGUGCAAUGAGUGAUUAUGGACGUUACAAUGUAACAGAACCGCCUAUUGAUGCACCUCGAGGUCCUAUGUAUAAAUCUGAGAGAGAGAUUUUGAAGAUCUUCUUGACGAAGCACUACAGGAAUCGAAGAUUAGGUGACCCAGAAUUUGUGCUAGAUUUUGAGGAGAUAUAUGUCAUUGAUUCCAAAACAAAGUCAAUAACCAGAGCAAGAGUCAUGGUUACAGUUCCUGGAGGAAGAAACAGGGAUAGAAAGAGUGACUUGCUUGUAAUACGGGACAAUGGAACCUCCUUCAAAAUAGUUCAUGCGAGUGAAAAAGAUGAUCCAACCACAGUAAUAGAGAGAGAAGAAUGGACCAAGACUAGACAAGACAUGGAGAAACAUCUGAGAAAGCUACGAGACUUCCAUGUUUCAAAUUGGUUCUAAACUUCUAAUCAUUUGUCACAUUGUUGGAGACUGCUUCAUCGAGAUAAAUUUGCAAGGGAACCUGGCAUGGUUAAAACGUGUCCAGAUAUAGGGCCUGGUCAUUUCAUGUGCAGUUAUAUUAAAGCUUCAAGUCUGAGCUCACGUCCUGCUUUUGACUAAAAUUCCGACCAUGCUGAAACGUUGGUUGUUCACAUGAGAUCGUUGAUAGUCUGGUCAGAAUCGCUUCCAUUUUGUAAGUACAGGGUAAAUUUACUUAACUUAGCAAUCCAUUUCUAUGUUGUAUUCCAAACCAACGAUCUUUUUAUCAAAAUGAGAAUGACAAUGUGUUUUAACUCGGAAGAA